AUGUCUGAAGAUGAAGAAAAAGUGAAAUUACGCCGUCUUGAACCAGCUAUCCAGAAAUUCAUUAAAAUAGUAAUCCCCACAGACCUGGAGAGGUUAAGAAAGCACCAGAUAAAUAUUGAGAAGUAUCAGAGAUGCAGAAUCUGGGACAAGUUGCACGAAGAGCAUAUCAAUGCAGGACGUACAGUUCAGCAACUUCGCUCCAAUAUCCGAGAAAUGGAGAAGCUUUGUUUGAAAGUACGGAAAGAUGACCUAAUACUUCUAAGGAGAAUGAUAGAUCCUGUUAAAGAAGCAGCAGCAGCAGCGGCAGCAGAAUUUCUCCAGCUCCGUCAGGAAUCUGUAGAAGAACUUGAGAAACAAUUUAAUGAUGAAGAAACUUUACUACAGCCUUCUUUGACCAGAUCUAUGACUGUUGGUGGAGCAUUUCACACUACUGAAGCUGAAGCUGAUCCUCAGAGUAUGACUCAGAUAUAUGCAUUGCCUGAAAUUCCUCGAGAUCAAAAUGCUGCAGAAUCAUGGGAAACCUUAGAAGCGGACCUAAUUGAACUUAGCCACCUGGUUACAGAAUUCUCUCUCCUAGUGAAUUCUCAGCAGGAGAAGAUUGACAGCAUUGAGGACCAUGUCAACAGUGCUGCUGUGAAUGUUGAAGAGGGAACCAGAAACUUGGGGAAGGCUGCAAAAUACAAGCUGGCAAUGCUGCCUGUGGCAGGUGCACUCCUCGGAGGAGCGGUAGGGGGUCCGAUUGGCCUCCUUGCAGGCUUCAAAGUGGCAGGAAUUGCAGCUGCACUUGGUGGUGGGGUGUUGGGCUUCACAGGUGGAAAAUUGAUACAAAGAAGAAAACAGAAAAUGACGGAGAAGCUCAUUUCCAGCUGUCCAGAUCUUCCCAGCCAAACUGACAAAAAAUGCAGUUAA